AUGUCCACCCUCCAUGAAGUCACCUCCGAGGAGGACUUCACCACCCAACUCUCCGCGCUCCCUCCAACCGCUCUCGCUGCUCUCUCCUUUCACACUCCCUGGGCUGCUCCAUGCACGCAAAUGCGCACCGUCCUGUCUACGCUCGCCUCGACAUACCCCGCCACAACCCCUCCAUCCAUCGCCUUCCUCAGCAUCAACGCCGAAGACUUCCCUGACAUCUCAGAACAAUAUGAUGUGACCGCCGUGCCAUUCCUCGCCCUCGUGCGUGAUAAACAGGUCGUCGAAACGGUAUCUGGCUCCGAUCCGGUCAAGGUCCGUGACGCAAUUGAGCGGCACGUGGGGCGCGGCGGACAAGCGGACCAGCCAUCCAUCCCACCCGCACUACCGGUAACACCGAGAGCGACAGCUUCGCAGGACGUACCCAAUGGACCCCCUACUACUGCUGCUCCAAAUGCACAGCCAGAGCCGCCCGAGCCGACAAAGGAAGAGCUCUUUGCGCGGCUAUCGGAGCUUGUAAAAGCCGCGCCCGUCAUGCUAUUCAUGAAAGGCACGCCGAGCGCGCCGCAGUGCGGUUUUAGCAGACAGGUUGUGGGCAUUCUGCGCGAGAAUGGGGUGAAAUAUGGAUUUUUUAAUAUAUUGGCGGAUGAGCACGUACGGCAGGGAUUGAAGGAAUUCGGCGAUUGGCCUACGUUCCCACAGCUAUGGGUCAAGGGCGAGUUGGUGGGCGGGUUAGAUAUUGUGAAAGAGGAACUCGCUGCGAAUCCUGCAUUCUUCCAUGAUUAUUCGGUCUCCAAAGUUGCAACUGCACCGUCCGCUUAA